GCAGCGGCCCUCGAAGAAGGCGUAUCUGUGCAGAUCAGCGGAAAUCUGCGUUAUAAGAACACUACCAAUAUGCGUUUGACAACAUCAACGUCAGUACGAGUCAAUUGCAACGAACUGAAAGCAGCGCACUAACUGGGGAUGCUCACGUGGUUGCACGGAGCACGGUAAUAAACCAGCACGCAAGUUAAUAGGUGUUGUCAAAAGCAUAUUGUUUGGGGAUGUUAACGAGCUGCGCUGUCUCUGCUUUCUGAUGAUGUAACACUCUCAGCAGAGACAGUCGAAUCUGCCUCCAUGUCGGAUUCCGCGCAGUGUCAGCAUCGCAUCCAACACAGCGCUCACAGAGCCGACAUGGAGACUCUGCGAUCCAGUUUCAGAACCGCCUCGACCCGCCCUCGCUUCCAUAGGGAGGCCAAAGAGCCAAUCAUACGCGGCGGUUCCACCCAGCCACGCCUUCUGCUAGUGACGCUCCCAUUUCAGUACCGGAAAUAGAAAGGUUUGCUUUGUUUACGUGGAGAGAGGUGGCUGCAGUCACUGGUGAUUUUACAACACACUGUUUAAGGUGUUUAGUUUGGGUUGAAAUGUUUUUUUUUUUAGGUAAUUUUUGAGUAUUGUGUUUGUUUAUUACCUGCACGGGGUUCUUGGAAAAGGAAAUAAUCCCUUUAAUAAAGUCUGUUGUUUGUGUCAGUUAUUUAUCACACCAGAGAAGUGAUGAAUAUGUUUGAAUGCGGAGGCUACGGUAAAAACAAAUAUAUCUUACUAAAUACAAACCGAAGACGGUGUUUCUGAAUGAAAAGAAGAUUCCGCUAGACCAGUCUCAAACUAAAACCAGUGAAGAUGGACGUCAGUGUCUCCGUGUCGUGGUUUCAAGACGAGCUCGCCUCCACCGUCGAGCUCGCAGUGAAAGCGGCUGCAGACAGCGUCGUGUGCGCGAUUACUGAAGCUGUCUGCAGCAAAUUCACUGAAUUACAAGAGGAAAUGUCUGGAAUGAAGAGAGAGAAUGAAAGUCUGAAGCUGAGAUUGGAAAUAUCAGAGAGCCAGCUGAAAGCCGUGCGAGGGUGUAUAAACGCUGCAGAUGCAGACAUUAAACAGCCUUUCAUAUUUCAAGAUCCCAUAGAGAGCCACGCUAUCCCCGAAUCUGAAGCACAGAAAGGGCCAAAGAUAGAAGCAGUUUACAAACAAGAGGAUACCUUUGACCAGGAGUGGUGUCCAAGUCUAAUGCAGGUUACAGAGCUGACAUUUGUUAAAGAUGAAGACGUCCCUGAACAGGAAUGUGUUCCUAUCAAAGAGGAAUUCAUACAGCAGGAAUGUGUCCCCAUCGCAGAGGAACUUCCUACUGAAAAUAAUGUCUGUACACUUGAGGAGAACAACAAGCUGGGAUUAAACCUGUGUGAUGAUUCUCCAUCUGAAUGUGAACUGGGAUUUAGAGCUUCUAAAGUAGAUGAAGGAGAACGUGACUCCACUGCAUCACCCCAGUGCAAAAACUCUUCUAGAGGCAAACCACAGUUCAAGAAACACAGAGAAACAACACCCCAAGAAGAAUAUGUGAAGACAUUGAGAACUCACUCAGUUAAAAUCCCUUCUUUACAAGACAGACACCCACUUACUGUGGAGAGUACAGAGACGGCACAUUCUGUAUGUUUUAACAAUUCUGCAACCCAGGGCAGCUUGAAGACCUUGCCUCAUUCUGUUAAAGGUGGGAAGAGUUCCUGUCAAUUAGACGUUCCUGAAACUCACAAGGGAAAUCCCACAGGAGGGACUACAUUUUCCUGGGCUGAUUGUGGGAAGAGUUUCAAUCAUAUAUCACUGCUUAAAAGACACCAGCACAUUCACACAGGCGAGAAACCAUCCCACAUACAGUCCAGUGAUAAGAGUUUCACACAAUUAGGACAUCUUCAUUCACACCAGCGCAUUAACAUAGGAGAGAAACCUUAUUACUGCACUGAGUGUGGGAAGACAUUCAGUCACAUAGGAAACCUUAAAAAACACAAGGCCAUUCACACAGGAGUGAAACCUCAUCACUGUGAUGUUUGUGGGAAGAGAUUCAGCCAGUUAGGAGACCUUAAAAGACACCAUAAAAUUCACACAGGAGAGAAACCUUAUCACUGUGCUGUUUGUGGGAAAAGAUUCAGCCAGUUAGGAGACCUUAAAAGACACCAUAAAAUUCACACAGGAGAGAAACCUUAUCACUGUGAUGUUUGUGGGAAGAGAUUCAUCCUGUUUGGAAACCUUAAAAGACACCUUAAAAUUCACACAGGUGUGUAAUCGUAUCCCUGCACUUAAUGUGUGAAGAAGUUAAGUCAGUUGCUGGCUCUUACAGGACUCGAGAACUUUAUCAGAAUUGCAGACACUUGGUGACCCCUAAACAACAGAAGGACAUUUGACUGAAAACAAAAGAAUAAACUUGCUUGAUAAAUACGGUCACCACUAAUCACAAUUUGUGCAGCUCACGGACCACAAAUAUGAACGAGUACAUCUUGUAUUCAUCGUCUUGUUGAGCAUUCGGAUUGUGUUACGUCACAUUAGUAAUUGUAACACAGCAGGGAGGGGGUUAAAGCCUCCCUGAGUGGAAAACAUGUGUGGAAUGCACAUUUGUUUAGUUUAAUUGUUUUGGUUUAUUGUUUCAUUGAUUUGUUAAUUGUUUUAUUAUUAAUUAUCCCCUGCACCUGGUAGCUAUUGUUAAAUUAAAACCAGGUGCAGGGUAUUUAAGAGAGGCAGCUAGUCUGCUCAAGGCUGCUGAGGAGAAGGAGGCAGAAAGGUGUGCUCUGCUUCCUGGCAGUCAUGAGCUAAAAAGUAAGUGCUGUAUAAAACCAGUGUGUUUUGUAAGGAUAGGGAAACAGCGUAGCUGUCCCGUGUUAGCCAGGGUGUUCCUGUGUGUUAGGUGUUUAUUUUGUGUGUUUUGUUUGAUUUUUGUGUUUAUUAAAAAUAGCGCACCAGCACUUAAAAUCCAUUUCUGUGUGUUGGGUCUAUUUUUAAAGGGGCAACGAACCCGAGUGGGUGGAGAUCUUUUACAUAAUAUAUUAAAUAGAUUGUUAUUAUGUUUGCAAGUUUCUCUUUCCUAGUCUCUGUAAGUCGCCUUGGAUAAAGGUGUCUGCUAAAUAAACAAAUAAUAAUAAACAUAUUUUGUCAUUAAGUUUUAUAUAGCUCUAUGAUUUAUAAAAAUACUUUUUACAACUUGAUGUUGCUUUAAAGCCCAUUUCAAUUCUACAAUGUCCUGUAAAAUGUUCCCCGCUGUUACAAGUUUGUUCUAACUUUUUAUUAUUUAUGUUUUUGGGAAAUGCACUUGUCAGAUAUUCUAUUGAUCUGUAGUUUCAAGUCAUUAUUAUUUGUAGUGUUUUAGAUACAAGGUUGUGAGAUUUUAAACAGCAAUCUCACACGACUGCAUGGAAGUUAGAAUCGGGGAUCAAGGAUUUAUAAACUGCAGAAUCAGGAAUGGAAGACAGAGCAGGCAUUUUCAAUACUUGGAAAUGGGACUUUUAGCAACAAUGCCUACAUCUUUUGUUUGAAGUAGAUUAUGAUUAGUUGGUCCGCAACUUAGUAUGCAGCUCUGUACUAUGUUUGUUGCAAUUGACCCAGAUGGUUCUCAUUGCUGGCUUUAUUAGCAGCACUAGGCACUGGGAAAUGUAGUUCUGAUGCCAUUUUAAAAUCCCAGAACUACAUUCUCUUUAACAGAUUUCCAUAAAUGCUGUGCACCACCACUAUCUGUGGAAGAGGCUGAAAGUAGAAACAUGCAAUGCUGUUACAAAGCAAUGCCAGCAGCAUUCAUCUGGAGAGCAUGCACAACCUCUGCCCCAGAUUUACAGCCUAAUAAAGUCAAGGAUACCAAAUCUGCUAACAGCUGUGGAAGAUGAUAUUGAUAGUGAUGGUGUUGGAGUGGCUACACAAGAGGCUGUCCCUGGAACAUGAGGUAUCAUUCACUACAAAAUGAGUAUUCAAAUCAAUUGUAAGAUAGCAGGGAGAGGUUCUGAUUCCUCCCUAUAUGCACUUUUUGUUUAAUUGUUUAAUUAUUUUGUUAAUUGUUUUACUGGUUUCUUUAAUUAUCUCCUGCACCGGGCAAUUAUUGAAAAUUAGAGCCUGGUGCAGGGUAUAAAAGGGAAACAGUCAGUCUGCUUUAGGCUGCUGUGUGGAGAGCCUGCUUGACAGUGUGCACAAGCGUAUAAAAAGGAAAAGGUAGUGAUAACCUUUUUGAUCUGUGUUAAACCUGUGUGGUUUGUUUUGUUUGUGUGUUUUGUUUGAUUGGCAGGUAAACGGCUUAGCCGUCCUGCAAGAUAGUUUAGGUUCCUGUGUUAUGUUCAGUUUGUGCUCAAGAGCUAGGUGUUUGUUUCGUUUAUUUUGUUUUUGUUAUUAUUAAAAAAUAGCGCAAAAGUGCUUUAAAACCUC